UGUAGUACCGCCAAACAUGAAUUUAGGAUAAAUUAAGUAUAUAAAAUUUAGUAUGCGAGUAGCUGGUUUAAACUCAAGGCCCCAGGCUCCAUCACCCUUUAUCUUCUGUUUGCUGCUAUCAGUUUUCACCACUAGUUUUCCAUGUUGCAGGCGCUCGGUGGGUAGUGGACUGUAGUGCCCCUAGCCCCUGGCGUAUUUAAAGUCUUAUGAUGCCACGUCUCAGUCAAAUUGAGUGUGAGAAGUUCUUCCGCCAACUGCAGGUGGUGUCAUGCUGGCAGCCACUAGCCACCGCCUGUCGUUUUAGCUGCGACCAAAUCUCAAGGAUUAAGUGGAAUGAUAACGAUGUUGGAGAGCAGAAGUUUAUGAUGCUCUGUCAGCUGCGGCAGCGAGAGCCUGAGAAUUGGGCCACCAUCCUAACAGAGGGUCUGGAGGAUCCUACCGUUUCCCGAAUGGAUGCUGCAGAUGAUGUCCGGCAAUUCCUACAAAGAGGUAGUGCAGAUAGCAUUGAUGCAGCUAACUGUGGUACUUCUUCUUCAUCAACUUCAGCCAGUGAUGGGGCAUCAAGCAGCCAAAUGUGGGAGAAAAAGGAAACUGCAUCAACCCCACAUCAACUGAAAGGAACGAGGAAAAGACCUGAUACUCAGCAGAUGAAAAUUGACACGGACAAAAAUGCAAAAAGGAGAAUCCAAGAGAAGGAUGUCAGUAGAAUCAAUGGUGCACAAGGCAGUGAUGAUGAGCUGUCUACAAAAGAGAACAUCAGCCCCUCGGAUGGUGAGAGUGACGGCAGUGAAAGUGGGGAAGAUGUGUGCGACUUGGCAGGUGAUGCCAUACCACCGACUACACCUGGAAAAAAAGCUCCGCUGAAACCUAAUGAUGAACAAGGAGCCGGCUGUUCAUCAUUGCCACCUCCCAAAGUGAAUAAAAAGGCAAAAGGAAAACGCCCAGGAGAUGCCAACAGAGAUGAUCCACCUAAACAACCAUGUGGUGAUCGAAUUAAGAUCGCUGAUCUAUCACUGAAACUAGCCAAGAGGAAAAAUAACAACUGGUACAUAAUAGCAUGGAAAGAUGGUGAGGAUGUGAGAACACCACAGAAAGGAAAGACUGGUUACUACUUCCACUGCGACCUCCGAGAUGAAAGUGGAGAGGUAGUUCGCUUGGCAGUGUUUAUAAAGCAUAAAAAGGAUUGUUUGCCGGUGUAUCGGAUGAUUUCUAAAAGUAACAAGAAAAAGCCAGUGUGCCUGCGCCUGCUGAGGGUGGAAGACCAGGGAGAAACAUGGAAGAAGGAAAACAAGAAAGAUUGCAGGCUGGUCUUUGAUCACAAUUCAGAAAUCUUUUGAGCAGAAGUGUCGGAUCUCAAGAAAUAGGGAACAUCCACUCAUUUGGGAAGUCUGGCCUGAUGGUUUUGUCACUCUUGACUGUUGGGUGUGUAUGUAAGGGGGGGCUAGUCUAUGUUGUGUCCUCAGGCAGGAAGCUUUACCCAAACAGGAGUGUACAUUAUAAAUGGGCACAUGUAUGAGCAUUGAUGGCUGUGUUUGAUCUGUUUGAACCGCAAAGGCUGUUUUUGAGUUAGAUGUCAGGCAUGACAGUUCAUAUUUAUGAGCCCUACAAGUAAAGGAUAUGACGACUCAAUGAGUACCUUGGGCAAUUUGCUAUGCUCUGCAAAUAGGCCACUGUAUGAAUAGCUUGUGACUUGAUAUUACGACUUCAGAUUGUUUGAUGCAACUAUGGAGAGGUUAAAGCAGUCUGCUGCAUCCCUCAUCAUCAGUUGCUAACAAGACUUUUAAGGGUGUUGAGAUGGUUUGAUGCUCCAUACAUUUAUCCCAGAAAGAAGUACUUCAAAAAACUGUCACAGCAAAAAACAUAAAAAGUGAAGUCGUAGUUGUGUGGCUGUAAAUUUGCUUUUAAUAAGAAUUCUGAAAUAUGUUUCUCCCUAAUCUUUUUUCAAAGAAAUUACGUGCGUAAGUUAUACAUUGUAUAAAUACCAUGGACAGUUUAGCCAUUCCAGUUGCCCCAUAAUAUGGAUGAUUUUAAACAGUCAAAGUACCGCUUCACCAUGAACUUGAACUCCUUGCUGGUGUAACAUGAAAUGCAGACUCCCAGCAAAUUGGAUUGCUUUUCCCUACCUGUAGUUUUGUUAAUCAGUCCAUAUCCAAGCUUACCGCACAUAUUUAUGUGAAUUUGUUGAUUUUUUUUUUAAAUUCUGUAACUAAAUCCUAUAUUUUUUGUUUUUGUUGUUUUGUUUUAUUUAUUGUUUUACCAGGUUACUUACCUUUAAAUUCAGUUUAUUUUUAAUGUGUUCACCUGGACCCUUUAAGAAAGCAGUGAAACAACUGAUCAGGCUACCCUGUUCAAAUUAGACUGAAAUCAAGAAAGAAAUACCCCACUCGCUCAGGUGUUAGAGGUUCAGAUACUUCUGGCACUCGCUAAUAAGCUAUCAGCUGGGUCAAAUUUCAUGGAGUAUUUCCUGUAGAGCAGAUAUGAUCAGAAGGUAACUUCAUGUACUGGUCAAAAAUCAUCUGAAAAUAAGUCACAAGAAAUAUGAAGUCUAAUAUUUGGUUGGUUAUCUGCUUUGUUAAACUAAUACAAUCAAACAGUGACAAUAAGGUCACUGUUAAUAAAACAUCCCAUUUUUAGCAAGAUAACUUUUUAUAUCCCAAAAUCUAAUAAUGUUGCAAUAAAACUUAAUUUUUUUAAAUCAGUGUAAGCUGGAUGCUGCAAGUUUUGAAAAAAUGAAAAAUGCAGAGUGGUUUUGACACUUUGUAUAAAGGCGUGUGCACAAUUCCUGGAUGCUCUUAGAAAUUUUGAAUUGAUUAGUUACAAAUCAUGAUUUAUAAGCGUAUGUACUAGUUAUAACAGGGAUUGAUUCAAGCUGGCCUCUACAUAAUAUACAUGUAUCCAGAACAUUAUACAGUGUAUGUGCAUUCAGUUUCACAUAUUAAAAAGUGUAUGAAACAUUAAUCUGGUAAA